CGGUCAUAGCUGUGGGUGGAGACUUCGCCAGCAGCUGUAAAUGCUCGCAGAAUACGCGCGACAGAGUCGAUUUUGUGCAACGUAGCGAUACAAUUGCCGAUAAGCCGUCAGUUAGUCGCUGUGGUGAAUGAACACAUCUCGUAUUUAACACAAUUACCCCUACAAAGAUGCGUUUGUCCGUUGUAAAGUUGUAAAUGAUCAUUGGCGCUGGUUUGCUGGAGCUGCUGCUGAAACAGUGUAUCCGCAGUGAAUUCACAUCACUUCGUCCUGGCUCACCUUUCCCACAGCUGUCGUCAUGAAAAGGUAGAGGAGCAUGAUUGUGGGGUCGGAGUUCUGCUGCGAUGCGUGCUAUUGGGUGUAGGAUGAACCUGCCGGCAGUGCUAAAUGGCCUGCUGGUGUCAGUGGUGGCAGCCUUGCUUUGGAAAUACGUUCGCCUGAUUGAACACACAUCUCAGUUGGAAGAGGAGCUUCAGCUCACACGCCAAUCACAGGAGUUCUCACAGGUGCGUAUCGACUACCACGGUGCCCUGUUAGCACUCCAAGAACAUGGCACCAGAAUGGUCUGCACUGGGAAGAUGCACACUGAUCGCAUCUGCCGCUUUGACUACCUCUGCUACUGCUCGGAGGCUGAGGAGUUUGUAUUCUUCCACAGUAAUGACUCUGUGAUGCUGCCCAACCUUGGCCCUCGGCGUUUCCAGCCUGCCCUGCUGGACUUCUCUUCUGUAGAAGACCACAACACUCAAUACUUUAACUUUCUUGAGCUCCCGGCAGCGGCUCUGAAGUUCAUGCCGAAACCUGUGUUUGUGCCAGAUGUCACUCUGAUUCUGAACCGAUUUAACCCAGACAACCUCAUGCACAUUUUCCACGAUGAUCUUUUGCCAAUCUACUACACAAUGCAGCAGUAUUCAGACUUGGAUGACGAAGCCAGGCUUGUCUUCAUGGAGGGUUGGGGUGAAGGUGCUCACUUCGAUCUCUACCGUUUGCUCAGCAGCAAGCAACCACUACUCAAGAUGCAGUUAAAGACCUUUGGCAAACUCAUGUGCUUCACCAAGUCCUACGUAGGACUUUCAAAGAUGACAACAUGGUACCAAUAUGGCUUUGUUCAACCGCAAGGACCCAAAGCCAACAUUCUGAUAUCGGGUAAUGAGAUCCGCCAGUUUGCUUCAUUUUUGAUGGAGAGGCUUAACAUCACGCGGGAGGAGGUCGAUGACUACAUUGUAGUUUUUAAACGUACCACUAACAGGCUCAUCCUCAAUGAGGCGGAACUUCUUCUUGCGUUAGCCCAAGAGUUUCAAAUGAGGACUGUCACUGUGUCUUUGGAGGAGCAGUCAUUUGAUAGCAUUAUCCAAAUAAUUAGUGGGGCGUCUAUGUUGGUCAGCAUGCACGGAGCCCAGAUGAUCACCUCCAUGUUCUUGCCCCGUGGCGCCGCUGUGGUUGAACUCUACCCUUAUGCUGUUAACCCAGAGCAGUACACUCCCUACAAAACCUUGGCCUCCUUACCUGGCAUGGACCUUCAGUAUGUCGCAUGGCGAAACACCAUGGAAAAAAACACUGUUACAUAUCCCGAUCGCCCCUGGGAUCAGGGUGGCAUCGUCCACUUGGACAAAGAGGAACAAGAACGUAUCCUUGCCAGCAAGGAUGUGCCAAGACAUCUUUGUUGUCGUAAUCCAGAGUGGCUUUUUCGCAUUUACCAGGACACUUUUGUGGACAUCGCCUCCUUUCUGGACGUACUCAGAGAAGCUCUAAAAAAGCCCAAUCUCAAAAAGGUUAAGGUGGCUAGCACUGUACAUCCUGGUCGAGUCAGAGAGCCCAAGUGUCAGACGUCAGUACAGGCCACCAAUGAAGCAAAGCUCUCGGUGUCAUGGCAGAUCCCUUGGAACCUGAAGUACUUGAAGGUCAAAGAGGUGAAAUAUGAGGUGUGGAUCCAGGAGCAGGGAGAGAACACAUAUAUGCCUUACAUUCUGCCCCAUCAGAACUACACAUUCUCAGAGAACAUCAAACCCUUUACCACAUAUUUAGUAUGGGUGCGCUGUAUCUUUAACAAGAACCUCUUGGGCCCAUUUGCAGAUGUUCUUAUAUGUAAAACUUGAUUCAGCAAUCAGUUUAAACGUAACACUGUCAGCUAGUGGAGAAUUAAUUGGAAGAUUAAUUCUCAGCAGCUAUCCUGAAAAUUAAACGGUGUGACACGGGUGAAUUGUUUUCGACUUUGGUAGUCAUUCUUGUGACUUGACUGUUCUUCAUGGUCCUUAUGGAGUGUCAUGAACUAACGGAUAAUGAAAGCCCUGGCUGCAAUGAAGGUUAGAAAGGGAAUCCAGUUUACACAACUGGCCAGUCCUUUCAGAUUGCAAAGUUCUCAAUUAAUUUAUUUAUAAGAAAUGUAUUAUGUAAUUUAAAUUCAUAUUUAUAAGUUCAAGACACUGGUUUUGUCUGACACCUGCUUUUGUGCAACUGAAAUAUUGCACACAUUUCUGGCUUAAGUGAACUCUUCCCCAAGGUUUUGCAUAUUAUUUUUUUAACCCUUUUAGUUAUAAUGAAGUGUUUUGAGGGGUUUAAGAGAAGACAAUAAAUACAAGCAAAAUUUAGAGUAAACGUUGUACUAUUAAUUGUACUAUUUUAAAAAUAAGAUACUGUUUUCUAGCUUGGGUUAAUUCGUUUUUCUGUAGUGUUGAUGUUCUCUUUAUGUUUUCAACCAGCCUUAAAACCACUGAUUAUUAUUUAGCCUACCUGUUCAAUGGGAAAUAUUUGAAUUUGUUUGCCAGUGAGAUCAAAUUCUGCUCAUGUUUGUAAGGUUUUAUGAACCAGCCUCAAAACCACUGCUUAUUAUUUAGCCUACCUGUUCAAUAUGAAAUAUUUGAAUUUGUUUGCCAGUGAGAUCAAAUUCUGCUCUUGUUUGUAAGGUUUAUAGAGUCUGAGAUAGUGUCCUGAUUGACAUCUGAAAAUGUCCUAUUCUUUGUUUGAUGGCAUGUCAGUAAUUACCUCUAUGUUAAGUCAUUUGGAACCUCUAUGUUAGGAGGGGUUGUAUAUUUGGUAGUAGCAGCAUAGUGGGCUAGUAGUACAAAUCAAUUCGGUUCAAAUCUUGGAAAGGCCAAUUAACGAAGUUACUGAGUAGACAUUCCAAGUAACUGGCUAAAAGCAUUUGCCUAAUGUCCACUAAGGAGUAAAAGUACUUCCAAACCUUUUAUGACUGCAUACGCCUUAGGCUACAUGCAAUAUUAAAGAUCUAAAGAUUACUAUUCAUAUGAUAUGUAAAGAAACAACAGUUUAGAUAUGCUUGUCCUGUCAUUCAACAAAUGAGCGUAAAACAGCAUCUAUAUCUGCUUUAGGGAAUGACAGUGCCCGUUUCUCUUGUUUUCUUUCUUUUUUUCUUUUUUCUUUUUUUUUUUUAGAUGAUGUUGCGCAUCUUCAUAUGUUUCAUUAGCCUGGGAAAACCCAGACAACUUCUGGCAAAUUUAGAUUUGGUCUGAAAGUUAGUCUGGCAAAGAGCUCACUCAAGCCCUUUUCCGUCGAAAUUACGGCACCAAUUAGAAACGUUGGGGCGGGCUUUACGCUGGGAUUUUGAAGCAGAUGUUGUAGCCUACAUUACAAAGAUGGAUGCCGUCAAACUUCACUCGUUCGAAUCAGCUAUCGCGUCUGAUUUAAGCAAUUUGAACGUUUCCUUUUGUUAAAUCGAGCAAAGAACAACACUUGGAGAUGUUUCUCCGCCGGCCGCCGCUGUGCAUACGUUAUCUCCUCCAUCGCUCUGAUUGGUCUACCCGCGACGUCCGUUGGUGACGCCCCUCUGGAAAUGAUUUGUCUAUGACGCUUUGCCAGACCAUAAAUCGUUUACAACUGAGAAUGGUCUGGUUUUAACCAGGCUAAUGUCUCAUCUGCAUUUCUGUAAAGUGUUGUGCUGGCCUCUGGAUUAUUGAGAGGAUGGAAACACAUACUUUAUCUCUGCCAAUUAUUUGUUGAAGACUCUUGAAAGCUAUACAUACUGUGGCCCAGAUUUGUUAAAGGUUUCACUGUGUUUAUUUUUGUAUUUUUUUCACUGCUGUGAUCAAUGAAUGGGAACAUGAGAAAUUCAACAACUAACCACAAGCGUUCUUUCUCUGUGUUCUGAAUGGCCUGUCAAGGCAUCUGUAUUGUUUUUUUUUUUUUUUUUUUCCUAAGUGAGGUUUUAUUCUGUCCUUCGCUUUGAGGACAUUCUGCAUCACAUGGAAAUGGAUUUAAAUGAUGCUAAAACAGAUUAAACAAAGAUCAUUUCUAAUUGAAAUUCGGGAAAUGGCAAACCUGAGCCAUGCAGUUUAUUAGCAUAACUCUGUGUUUCGAUGGUAAUUUUAUUCAAGUAUGAGGAUAAUAAAUAAAUUCUGUUUGUUAUACAAAAUAGCACAAAUGUCCUUUGCAUAUAUUCAGAGAAAAGCAACCUAGCAUGUAAAUUUUUAACCAUCUUGCCUCCACUCUGAGUUGAGAAAUGGUUGUCCGUGAUUGGAAACUUCUCAGAUUUCGCAUUUUCAUUUCAAUCAUUAGAUGGUGGUUUUUAGUUCUUGUGCGCGUGUGUGUGUGUUAUUUUUUAUUUAUUUAUUUUUUUACAUAGAAACAGAUAUAUGUAAGGAUUGCAGGCUUGGGUCCUGUAAACACUCUCAUUCCCUGAGCCAGUUCAUGAGAUUUACCAUUAUGUGCCACUGGAAUGACAUACAUAAUUUUUGUCAGUUUUAUUAAAUGGACAAUUUCUCAGA